CGUCCUCAAGUUGCGCUUCUCCCCACCCUCCAAGGGCCUUUGGUACAUUCCCGUUGCUCCGAGAGCUUAAAAAGGGCCCGGGAGGCUAAAUCCAGCAGAUUUGGUCCUGAUUUGUGUUUAGGAGCAUUGCGAUCCCACAUUCUCUGCGCCCGCCCUGGUUGGGAGGGUGUGUUGGUAUCUUGGCCAGGGAUUUUAAAGCUGUGGCUCUCAAACGUUGGGGGUUUUGUGUGUGUGGCUGUGUGGCUGGCAGCUAGGGUCCAUCGUCCCCAUUUCCUAGGCUUGCUCGGCUCCUUCGCCAAAGCCCAGCAGUGAGAAAGGCGUGCUGCCACUUCUGCAAAGGAUGGAGCAAACCGAGGUGCUAAAGCCACAGACACUAGCCGAUCUGAUCCGCAUCCUGCACCAGCUCUUCGCCAAGGAAGAGGUCAAUGUGGAGGAGGUGCAGGCCGUCAUGGAAGCCUACGAGAGCGACCCCGCCGAGUGGUCAGUGUAUGCCAAGUACGACCAGUACAGGUACACCCGAAACCUUGUGGAUGAAGGAAACGGAAAAUUUAAUCUAAUGAUUCUAUGUUGGGGUGAAGGACAUGGCAGCAGUAUCCAUGACCACACCAACUCCCACUGCUUUCUGAAGAUGCUGCAGGGAAAUCUAAAGGAGACAUUAUUUGCCUGGCCUGACAAAAAGUCCAAUGAGAUGAUCAAGAAGUCAGAAAGAACCUUGAGGGAAAACCAGUGUGCCUACAUCAACGAUUCCAUUGGCUUACAUCGAGUAGAAAACAUCAGCCAUACGGAACCUGCUGUGAGCCUUCACUUGUACAGCCCACCUUUCGAUUCCUGCCAUGCCUUUGACCAAAGAACAGGACAUAAGAACAAAGUCACCAUGACAUUCUACAGCAAAUUUGGAACCAGGACUCCAUUCGGAAUUUCAGGAUCGCUGGAGAACAACUAAGGAGCACCAAACCCUCUAAGGUCUGCUGAAGUGUUGGUUGGACAGGAAGGCCUCCCACCAUUUGCCGUUCAGUAAUACACUUGACAAAACCAGUGCUUAAAUCUCCUAUAAGGCAGAUGCUAAUUAUAAGUCGUUAAGUAAGCAAACAGUGCUCUGAGCUACUACAGAAGAAAAAUCCCUCUAAAGAAAAAAGAAGGCUUGUGAUUUUUAGAGGCCAAAUAAAGUACUCCCCUGGUUUUAUUCUCUAAAUCUGUUGGAACCAUGCAGGGAAUGUCAGUGAAGGCUUUUAUAGCUUUUGGAAACACAUUGUCUCUGAACUGUAAUUAGCAGCAAGAAACUACAGGUAUGGAAUGCCUAUCUUGUGACUUGGAUAACUAAACGUAGAUGUCUUUAGUAUACUUUGUAUGUUCUUAAUAUUUGAAGAGAACUUUUUGAAUCUGUGGAUUUUAUUUUUUCAAUCAUAUUUUUCAAAUUCCUGUUCUAUAAAUAAUAGGAUGUUGUAGAUAGAGAAACUUAAGGUACUUUGCCAUUUGCUAAUGAAAUGAGGGACAAAGGAUUUAGAAAAGGAUGUGGACCCAAACCCACAACAAACCAAAAACACAGAAUCAUGCCUGGUAUGUCCAGUGGUUGUAGUCAAAGACUUUGUACUGCUCUCAGAUUCCCAAAUAAUUUUAAUAAAACUGGAUUUGAACAC